GUAGGCUGUGGAAUGCAACAUUCUUGAUGCUGUGGUAGUUGGUGGAGUUUUGCUGUGUGUGAACAAGAAGGACAUCGAAAAUCUAGCUCUGAAAGUAUUGUGCGAAGAACAAAAGGGGCUGGCUCAAUGAACUUAUUUGGAUUUUCAAUGUUUGUUCAGCACACCGGGCAAAGGGAUCCACACGUUUCGAAAGAAAAUGAUAACCAACUAGCACAAAAUAUAUGUGGAGUUGGGCAUUUUUUCUGGACUGGUUGAUCAAGUACCUCUGCAAAUUGGGCACGUGUACUCGUGCUUGAUGUUUUCAACAAACUGUUCUGGAUAAAGAGGUUCUGAUCCUCGAUAGCUUUCCAGACUCUUUACCUCCUCAGAGAAUGAGAGUGUGGCUGGGUCUGGUUGGAAACGUAGAGUACUAGACAUUCCUUCCACCAUUUCCACUGGUUUCUUAGGUUCAGCUGUCGAGUCCUCUCUGGGCUUUACACCAGGUUUACUCUUCUUCUUCCUGCUUGGUUUCUGUUGAUCUUUAAAAGAACUGCAGAUCUUACAGUUUCCAGAUCGUCCGUGAGGGGGCUACACAUUAAUUGCAAGGUGUGUGCCUCCUCUUAGUGCAAGCUUAUAACACUUGGGGCAGAACUUGGGAGGGCACAAAUGGAGAGUCACAAAAAAUCGCUGGUGUACUCGGCAUUCCAACGGGUUGACGUCCAACUUUAAUGAUCCAGUUCAAUUUCUAUGUGAAAAUUACCCACAAGUCUUUUCGGGCUACUGUUCUAAACAAAAUGGAGGACAGAGUGAAAUGUUUAAUUGAAACCUUUGUUUGAGUUUUCACCAAACAAGAGUCGGAAGUUUUUCAAAUUCAAUAUGAUUUUCUGUUGAAUUUUGCAAUAAUUAAAUGUCUAGAAAAUCCAAAACGUCAAAGGGUAUCCUUGGAUUACCCAAGAAAGCAGAAAGACAAGUAUUUGUGUUUGGGCGAUUUGCAGAAGAACUCCCGUCCGAUGAUAGCGAUGACGCAGAUUUUACCAUACUGGAAGGUGGAGACAAGCAAAAACGACAAAAGAAUGCCAAAACAAGAAAGUGUGGUAAAAAGGCAAAAUCAAAGACAGUUUCCUCAAACAAGGAUGGUGAGGGAGAGAAAUCAAAGGAAAAGAACAGAAUUGUCCAGAAUGACUACAGAAAAACAGCAUCCAAAAAAAAAGCUAAAUUAGUUUCUUCUACAGAUAACAAAGAUAUUCAUGCAACAACUGAAGAACUUAAUCAAACAAUGAACAAUACAUCAGUGUCUACAUGUAUAUCAAGUGGGUGGACAGAGCUAAUUCCUACAGAAAUCCUAAUAUCAAUUUUCCAAAAUGUCAUAAAGAGUAUUUCUGGGUCAUCUGUACCAUUUUUGUGCAAGAUGUCAAGAGUCUGUCGCAGAUGGAGGGAAGUUGCUAUAGAGCCAGUUUUAUGGAGAAAAGUUGAUUUGUCCUCAUCGUGUGUUAUAAAGGCAUCUACUGGGACAAUAGAAAGACUGGCACCCAGCAGGUUAACAGCUGUCACAGAGCUGAGUCUUUUAGGGUGGGAAAAACUUACAGAUAAAGGAAUACAGACAAUAGGGAAACAUUGUAAACAGCUGCAAUCUAUUGUGCUAGCACAAUGUCGGAGCUUGACAUCUGCAGGUAUUGCAAGCCUUGCUGAUAAUUGCGGUCAAUUGAAGAUGAUAGAUGUUGCAUUUACAAAGAUUGACAUCACUGGCCUCCAACAUAUUGUGAAAGUGUUAGGAUGUCAGCUGGAGAAUCUAAGCUUGAGAAACUGCAAUCGUGUGCAAGGAGAAUCUAUUCUUCCACUCAUCCAGGAACAUUGCCCAAACCUGACCAGUCUUGAUCUGAGCAGUACUAAUAUAAGAAAACUUUGCGUGGAAAAGCUACAGGCUGGAUGCCCCAAGUUGAAACACCUCUUUCUUGUCAAUCUUUUGCUGACCUCAACACCAGUUUGUAAAACUCUUAUCAACGGAAAGAAACCAAAUGGAUUUCCAGAGCUGGAGACACUGGGUCUGCCUUGUGGGUUCAUUGGCUAUGAUCAGAGAAAUGACCGAUUUUUGGAUAGAAUUUUGUGGGCAUCCCGCAACCUGAAAAUGCUGGACAUAAGAGGUCCUAACACGUAUAGCCAUGACGGAUUACGGAGACUGCCAGCUUCCUCACUGGAACAGCUGUACUUCACAAACAGCGCCUCAUUCAGUAAAGUUGCAGUCAUUGUGGAAAAGUGGCACCACAGUCUGGAAGUUCUGGAUCUCUCACAGAAUAAAACCGUUGAAGAUGAAGAUAUGGAACUGUUGAAAAAUUUUGGAAUGCCGAAGCUACACACUUUGGAUCUCAACAACACUAAUAUCACCGCUUUAGGCUUAAAGAGUGUGUUAAAUGGUUGUCCAAACCUCACAGAUCUAAACCUAUCCUCAUGUCGCGGACUCCCGCGAGGGGUCAAACAACGCCACCAAGGCGAGGCUGUUCUCAAACUACCACAGCGGCUGGUGGAUAGUAUGCAGCUUAGUAGUGACAGUGAAUGAACGACUCCCCCCUUUCUUAUUACAUCAUUAGCCUUGUGCCUCAUACGUAUUCACAACUAAAUACGGCAUUCUCCACAGAAGUUCGACGUGGAAGGGGUUACAUUGACUUGAGCUUCUACACAAACCAUCCUAUGUUUAAGAAUAUGUAAACUUAGUGAUCCAUGUUGUUCAGCGGUGUGUUUUUAAAGAACGUUUUUAAAGCCAAACGGAAUUUA